CAGGAUUUGACGAAGACCUGCCAACCCAACUGAUCAUAACCCAAGAUUUUGCUGUCAGUUAAUCACUUUUAAUAAUUAAUUACCGCAAAGCUAUGACUUUGUAUCAUUUUGGAAACUGUGUGGCGUUAAUUUACGUCCCCUACUACCUCACUUACAAAUAUUCAGGACUGUCGGAAUAUGGGGCCUUUUGGAAGUGUAUCCAAGCCGGUUGUAUCUACAUGUUCACACAGCUUGCGAAAAUGUUAAUUUUGGCUACGUUUUUCCCCGAUAAUGUGUCAGACUUAGGGAGUGAUGUUCUAGGGGAGUUUCUGAAGUCUACGGUUGAUUUGGCCGAUUUGGUGGGUUUGUACGUCGUCCUUGCUGGGAUUCCUGGAAAAGGGCACAGUAAAGUAUUAACAGCGGGUAUAGGCUGGGCCACUGCUGAAGUAAUUUUGUCAAGGGCUUUGCUCCUCUGGGUGGGGGCCCGAGGAGCCGAGUUCGACUGGAAAUACAUCCAGAAAUGUCUCGAAUCAAACGUAUCAUUGGUUCAACACAUUUCCACCGCGACUUUAAUCUGGUUGUGGUCACGACACGACUUGAGGAGCAAUUUCAAACCAGUGGUUACGGCUCUGUUAGUGUUUUCUUCGUACAAGCCACUUUUGUUAGACUUGUUGUUAAAGUUUUUGUUAGCAGGGCCUUGGGUUGGCCUCUUUGUUAAAGCCACAGUCACGCUGAUUGUUGGGGCUUUUACUUUGACAAUUUACGCGGGGUUAGCUCAAGUUAUUGGUAUUUUUUAAAGUCGGUGUACAUUUAUCAUACAAAUUUAUUUCUAGACAAACGUAUUUAAAUUCACAAAACGAAAUCACAUGAAAAUGUUAAUACUUUAGUUACCAUUUACAUGUACAUUUUCAAAGAUUAAUAAACUGAAUAAGGGUGUAACUAUAACAAAAUAAAAAUAAAUGCUACAAAAACAAA